AUGCCACUAUCGAUCACCUUCUUCUUGCCGGUUGAUUAUGUGAGCCACAAUCUGGACACUCCCAUAUUUGGUUUCAACAUAAGCGAUAAAGCCAUUUUGGUAUUGUGGAAAUCGAACUAUUGGAGUACAUUUUUGCUCACUUGGCUCUGGCUUCCUGUGCUUCAGGAGUUCUACAGAUCAGGUCACUUCCAUUGGCUUCCGAAACUAAAAGACGCCUUCAGGGCUCACCUCAAGUUCCAGGCAAUCGUCCUCUUGGUAGCCAUAGCAGGUGCCAUCUACUUGAUGCUCGAGGUCGGUCUUUCUUUCGGACACUUACGGUCCAUGAUUAUUGCCUUGUCGCAUAUUUAUGCUUUGAUUUUAGCGCUCUGGCUCAUGGCACACGGACUUAUUGCCAUUCCUCGAAACAGGUGGUUGGAAGGCAAUCUCAUGCAAGAUUUGAAUCACCACUACUUGAAAGUGCCACGGUUAGUGGAUGCGCUCGAGGAUAGUAAAAUCGCUUUCAAGGAGGACCUCCUUCAGGUCUUGGUGUUGGAGAUGAACUACACCUCAGUGUCAGUUGCAGAGAACUUCGAGUUUAGAGAUUGGAUAUUCUCUCUCUCAAAUCAAAUUCCACCAGACCUCCGCGAUAGCGUGUCACAGCAAUACGUAUACGACCUGGCUCACGCAAUUACUCGAGACCGACUCAAUGUGACUUUCCUCAAAAACCUCACCUACAAUUUCCAGAACCAUUUGUACAAGCUUACAGCUUACGAAUCGGAAUACAAUAUCUUGCUCGGGCAGAUCUCGCGCUUGCAGACUUUGCUAGCAGCCAAGGCAGCUGAAAACGAAGCUGAAAGAGAUCAAUUAAUGCUGUCAUUAUCCUUCACUCCAUUUCCUCCAAAAAUUGACUUCUACUUUCAGUGCUACGUUAAACCAGCUGCUCGCAGAAUAUUUUCGGUCUUCCUAUUCGCCAUUUCCGUCGUUAUCGUUCAGUCUGAGUUUUUCCAUUCGACGAAGUUGUCACUCAUGAACACCUUAGUUUACAAAACCGGUAUCCACAAUCACAACUUCUUGCAGGCGGUACUUUCGAUGGUCAUAUUUCUGUACAUGUUGUUCUGCUCGCUUAACUCCUUGGCUAAGCUCAAGAUCUUCAAUAAGUAUCACUUGGUGCCUCGUGAUAGUGAUCCGGUUUCUGCCGCUUUUUACGCAUCGUACAUCGCCAGAUUAACCAUUCCACUUUCCUAUAACUUCAUCACCUUGUUCACCAGCAGAGACUCGAUCUUUGAAGAAUGGUACGGUAAGUCUAUCCACUUGACUGGUUUGUUCAACUUGAUGAAUGACUGGAUCCCAAGAUUGCUCCUUAUUCCUAUUGUCUUAACCACUUUCAACGUGUAUGACAUUGUGAAGAAGAAGUUGGGUCUUCUGUCUGACUUCUACGGUGCAUGGGGUGACUUUGACAAUGACGAAGAGUUUGGUGAUGCUGAGAACAACCCUGCUAAGCGGAGGGAUUUGGUCAUUGUUGAAGCAAAAAGAAUCGUGUCCUUGGAGCUCAACCGUCGCAACCAACACGGACAGCGCUUGCCUAAUUUUACUGAGCCUGCAAGCCGCCAAAGAAACGAUGCACAGUUUCAACAAACGUUUACCAGCAAUACGGACCAGACGUUUGGGGGCGCCUUGUCAAACAGAAUUGACGCCUCAUAUCACGAUGAAGAGUCCGACUCUGGAAGGCUGUCGUUUGGGGACGUAUGGAACAGAUUGGGUGGCACAUUCAAUGGACUUAGGGAGGCUGUGCUGACAAGAUUUGGCAGACAAGAGCCUUCUUACAGAGACGAUCCAAUUGAUUCGUACGACUACGACGAUGAUGCCAACGAAAACUUGGUGCUAUAG